CUGCUUAGCUCCGUAUCCAUCACUCCCUCGACGCAUCACAACCAUGCGUCUUCCCUUGACCAUCCUCGCUCUCUCAUCUUUCGCUCUUGCCUCCCCAGUCCCAUCCGAUCAACUCAUCUUCUCCUCGUCCUCACCUGCAACGCCCUUUCUCUCCUCGCCCAUCAACUUCUUUGCCUCCAUCUGGUCCAAUAGCAUCGACGUCCUCACCCCGCGCCUAGUCCAAACAAGCCAUGAAACCGCACCAUACUGGGACCUCCCCUUGCUGCUCCGCUGGAGAGGCAUCAAGUUUGCCGAUGUGACCGACCACGCUGAGCUGGGUGUGAGCCUCUUGCAGUCGUCACCCUCCACUCUCUCCAACGACUCGAGCCCCUUCCCAUCUAAGCUUUCCUACCACGACCAAGUGAAACACGUGCACACCAACAUCAGCACAGCAGGGCCACGUACGAACAUCAAGCACUUGACCUCUUUCCGCACUCGCUACUACAAGUCGCAGACAGGCCGCGACUCGCAAGUCUGGCUGCGCGACCUUCUCCAAUCCAUCGUGGACGCUCAUCAGCCGAGCGACAUCGCAGAUUCCUCCCGCAUUUCGGUGCGCGAGUUCACCCACGACUGGGUUCAGUCCAGCCUCAUCGUACACAUCCCCGCCACGAACCGCACGGCAGCUUCGUCCAACGGGCUCGUAAUCGUCUCCUCGCACCAGGACUCGGUCAACCUUCUCCUCCCCAUCUUCCCCGCCCCAGGCGCAGACGACGAUGGAAGCGGGACGGUCACGCAGAUCGAAUCUCUUCGUGCCCUCAUGGCUACCGGUUGGCGUCCGGAACAUCGCGAUGUAGAGUGGCACUUCUACUCGGCAGAGGAAGCAGGACUCCUCGGCUCUCAGGCAGUUGUGAGCGAUUAUGUCCGACGUGGGGUGAAAGUGGACGCAAUGUCCCAAUUCGACAUGACUGCUUUCGUCCCCACGGAAGCCAAGGACUCUCCACCAGCCAUGGGCAUCGUAACCGACUUUGUCUCUCCAGCACUCACCACCUUCAACAAGCAAUUGCUCCACUCCUACUUGCCAGAGGUCCAACCCAUCGAGACAAAGUGCGGCUAUGCCUGCAGCGAUCAUGCGUCCUGGACCAAAGUUGGGGUGCAUAGCGCCUUUACUAUCGAGAAUGAGUUUGCAAAGUGCAACUUGAAGCGCAUACAUACUACGAGGGAUGUGUGGGAUCACGAUGAGUAUAGCUUCGAGCAUAUUGCUCGAUUCUCUAAAUUGAGCAGCGCCUUUGUUGUGGAGUUGAGUGGGUGGGCGGGGAGCAAGUGAGACGGGGAGUAAGUAGUCUUUGUGCCUGCAAUGCAAUGGGAUAGCAUCGUGAGUCUCCGCGAUGAUGAUGAUGAUGAUGACGAAUUAAAGCGACGACGUGAAGAGCGAGAAACAGGUAGAGACUGACUGACUGACUGAC